AUGCCCACUAGAGAACAUAAAAACAAUAAAAAUAAAACCAAUAAUAACACUACCAUGAUAAUAAACCUAUUUGAACAAUUUGCCAGCCCGGAAUUAAUAAUAACCCCAACAAUUCUUAUAUCUAUAGCAAUUCCAAUAUUAUUAAUCAACAACAAACCACGACUGAUUGGAAACCGAAUAACAAUAGCCAUUAUCUGGGUAAUAAAGACUGUAAUAAUUAAUAUAACAAACCAACUAUCAAAUAAAGGACAAAAAUGAUCACAAAUAUUGACUGCACUACUGAUCACAAUCCUAACAUCCAACCUGUUAGGGUUACUUCCAUAUACAUUUGCAUCAACCUCACAACUAUCAAUAAAUAUAGCAAUAGCAAUCCCUAUUUGACUAUCCACAAUCAUCACUGGGAUAAUAAAUAAACCAUCAAUCACACUAGCACAUAUACUACCAGAGGGGUCCCCAACACCGCUUAUUCCCUUUAUGAUCCUAAUUGAAACAGUCAGUAUUUUAAUACGACCAAUUGCAUUAGGUGUACGACUAACAGCAAAUAUUACAGCAGGACACCUACUCAUAACUAUAAUUAGCACGACCACAUUAAAUUUUAUUAAUGCACACAUCCUAAUAAGUACCAUAACCGGACUAUUACUUGUACUGCUAUCCGUAUUAGAACUAGCAGUAGCCUGUAUCCAAUCCUAUGUUUUUGUCCUAUUAAUUAUCCUAUACCUACAAGAAAACACAUAAUGAUCCACCAACUACACCAAUACCAUAUAGUAGACCCAAGCCCCUGACCCUUAACAGGAGCAGUGGGCUCAUUACUUACAGCCUCAGGACUAGCAAUCUGAUUCCACACAAACACCACCACAGUACUCAAAAUGGGGUUAUUAACCUUAACACUUACAAUAAUUCAAUGGUGACGAGAUGUAGUACGAGAAAGCACCUACCAAGGACACCACACAAAAGGUGUACAAAAAAACAUACGAUACGGAAUAAUUCUAUUCAUUACCUCUGAAGUUUUCUUCUUCUUGGGGUUCUUUUGAGCACUAUACCACGUAAGCCUAGUACCAACACCAGAGUUGGGGGCAGAAUGACCACCAACCGGAAUCACCCCACUAAACCCAACCGAAGUACCACUAUUAAAUACGGUAGUACUUCUAUCAUCCGGAAUGACAAUCACAUGGUCACACCACACACUUAUAUUUGGUAAUAAAAAGGAGGCAACGCAUGCCCUUAUAACCACCAUCAUGCUCGGCAUCUACUUCACAGCCUUACAAGCAUCAGAAUAUAUAGAAACCCCAUUUACCAUCUCAGACAGCGUCUAUGGCUCAUUGUUUUUCGUGGCUACGGGGUUUCACGGACUUCACGUAAUGAUUGGAACUACAUUUCUAACAGUCUGCCUAAUACGCCUUAUUAAACACCAUUUUACAACCACCCACCAUUUCGGAUACGAAGCAGCAAUUUGAUACUGACACUUCGUAGACGUAGUUUGAUUAUUCCUAUAUAUCUCGGUAUACUGAUGAGGAUCUUAUUUCUUUAGUAUAUUAGUACAAAUGCCUUCCAAGCAUUAAGUCCCUGAGGGAAGAAAUAAUAAACCUCAUCACCACUGCCUCAAUAACAAUACUCACAGCAACCGCACUUCACAUAAUUAGCAAACACAUUAUUAAAAAACCGGAUAUUAAUAAACUGUCACCAUACGAGUGUGGAUUUGACCCACUAGGCAAUGCCCGAACCCCAAUCUCAAUUCAAUUCUUCCUAGUGGCCAUUCUAUUUAUCCUGUUUGACCUAGAAAUCGUACUUCUUCUUCCAAUCCCAUGAAGCGCUAAUACAAACCCACCACAUAACACUAUCACCUUAAUCACAAUGCUACUGACCAUCCUAACCCUGGGCCUUCUAUAUGAAUGACUUCAAGGCGGAUUAGAAUGAACUGAAUA